AUGCGAACCUUGUACAUCUUCGCACUCUUCAUAUGUGCUAUUCUGCAGGUCACAGCUGAUAUCGACUCGACGUCCCAAAACCCAAAGACCAGCACUACACCUGACAGUAUUCGGUCUGGGUCCGUGCCUGUGAAGAGACAGCUCAAAGAUCAUGUUGAUGACGAAAGAGAUCGAGAAGACUGGCUACAUCCCUUCGACCGUCUUAGUGCCAAGCUCGACCACACGCGCGCUAAGAUUCGCAAUGUAUGGUCGAAGAUCCAGCCCAAGAAGGUGCUGUCACGUACGAUCAAUAGCCUGAAGCAGCUUCCAAAAAAAGCGAGAAUGUAUGCCAUUCUUCACACUAUUCGAUCUGGUAAGCUGGACGUUCGUCGAACGGACGAACCGGGCGCCUUGUUUUCGAACGACUUUCUCGGGUUUGUUCUACAUCGUCAUCACAAGACCAUGUAUAGUACGCCAGACGAUGCGAUGAUACGCUUUCUUCGAAUGAACUUACCUGAGGUCGAAGUGGCAAUUUUGAUCUCGCGCGCCAAGUUAUUCGAAGAAAAUGCGGCCCACAUCGAAAAGGCGCUGUUUAGGCAGUGGGCUGCGCACAAGGUGAGUGCGAAGAAACUGGGGGAGAUAUUCAUGGAGGACAGUUCGUGGCAAGUGGGCGAUGAGGUGUACGUACGUGAGAUCACGGACGCGUAUCAGAAGUACAUUAAGGACUUACGUCGUUCAGGAGCUUGA